CACCUGACGAAUCUGUACGCCGGUCGAUGCACCAGGGAAAAGAUAUAAAUAAGCAAAACAUGAUGACGGUGAACGAUUCAAUACCAGAAAAGAAGAGUUACACGACCAACGACAAAAAAGAAAUACCGAAUUCGACGACGCCAACGACGAAAGAAAAGACUAUCACAAAAAAAAAAAGCACUGAACUUACGACACAGAAAAAAGCACUGAACCUACGACAAAGAAAAAACCACAUUACAAGAAGCACCAAAUCGGACGACACCAGAAGCGAAGGAAAAACACCAAAUUGGACGACACCAACGACGAAAAAAGAAAUCACGUUGCAAGGAAUACUGAAUGGGAUAUACCAGGAACGAGAAAAGAAACACCGAACUGGACGACACCAACGACGAACGAUGCACAUCACCAAUGACAAAAAAAGAAAUCACAUUGCAAGGAAUACCGAACGGGAUAUACCAGGGACAAGAAAAGAAACACCGAACUGGACGACACCAACGACGAACGAUGCACAUCACCAAAAUCGACGAACAAUCUAA